GCCGCUGAGCCUAGGCUCAGCCGGGAACCAAGCCGCCGCCACCGCGGAGCCAUCGCUUCCCCUCCCAGGCCUCAAGCCCAGCCGGCUCGGCUAUGGCAGCAGCUGCAGCCGCAGCCGCCGCCGCGGCGAAUCUAGCCAGUGUGCUUUCCCCUCGUCGCUGAGCAGCCGUUAACCAGCCGCCCCUCACGCCGGUGCCGCCGCGGCCCAGGCUCCGCACAAGUUUCCGCCGCCGAAGAAGCAGCAGGCGAAGGUGGGGGAGGACUAACGUGGGGAAUCGGGCGUCCCUAGUCCACCCGGCCUUCUCGCCCGCGAUGUGGGGGCGCUUUCUGGUCCCAGAGGCCGGCGGCCGGGACAGCCCGGGCAGAGUCCGCAGCUUCCCAGCGGGCCCAGACUAUUCUUCUUCAGCAUGGUUACCUGGUAGCGAAUCAUUGUGGCAGGCCACAACUCUUCCAUCCAGUCAUCGAAAUAACCACGUCCGGAGACACAGUAUAGCUUCCGACAGUGGUGACACUGGCAUCGGAACUUCCUGUUCGGACAGUGUGGAAGAUCACUCGACUUCAAGUGGCACAUUAACUUUCAAACCUAGUCGGUCAUUGGUUGCGCUUCCAACUGCCCAUGUCAUGCCAUCUCACUCCAGCGCUUCAGUUUCCAAACACAAAGAAUCAUUGACAUCGGAUGGCUCACCGUGGACCACAAGCCUCAUGCAGACAUUGGGAAACCACAGUAGGGGGGAACCAGACUCUUCACUAGACAUGAAGGACUUCCGGCCCCUCCGGAAAUGGUCAUCUUUAUCCAAACUAACUGGCCCUGAUAACUGCAGUCAGGGUGGCAUCACACACACCGAAGAGUCAAGGAGUGGUUUGGAAAAGACAGGGAGAGGCAAAGCUCUAACAUCACAACUAAGGACGGUUGGGCCUAGCUGCUUACAUGACAGUAUGGAGAUGCUCAAGUUAGAGGACAAGGAAAUAAAUAAAAAACGAUCAUCAACUCUGGACUGCAAAUACAAAUUUGAGAGCUGUAGCAAAGAGGACUUUAGAGCUGCUUCUUCCUCUCUUAGGAGACAGGCCUUAGACAUGACAUACAGUGCCUUACCUGAAAGCAAGCCCACUAUGACAAACGCGGAGGCUUUUGAAACUCCCAAGUAUUUAAUGCUUGGUCAGCAGGCGGUAGGUGGAGUUCCUAUUCAGCCUUCUGUGAGGACGCAGAUGUGGCUUACAGAGCAGUUGCGGACAAACCCUUUGGAAGGCAGAGCUACAGAGGACUCCUACGGUUUAGCUCCUUGGCAGCAGCAGCAAACUGACGAGUUUCCACCAGAGAGUGAAACACCAAUGCAGGUUUUGACUGGAUCAUCUCGUCAGAGUUACUCACCUUCUGGCUAUCAGGAUUUCACAAAGUGGGAGUCAGUGCUGAAAAUAAAGGAAGGACUACUACGGCAGAAAGAAAUUGUAAUCGAUCGGCAGAAGCAACAAAUUACCCACCUACACGAGCGAAUAAGGGAUAAUGAAUUACGGGCACAACAUGCCAUGUUAGGACACUAUGUAAAUUGUGGGGAUUCUUAUAUGUCUAAUUUGCAGCCACAAUAUGAAAACACGUCGCUCCAGACUCCAUUUUCAGAUCAGUCAGUGCCCAGUUCUCAGCAAGAGGAACUUGAGCAAAAGCUUGCAUCUACUGAGAAGGAAGUGUUACAGCUUAAUCAGUUUCUCAAACAAAGAAUAAGCCAGUUCAGUGAAGAGAAGAAGAAACUGGAGGAAAAGCUUAAAACCAGAGAUAGAUAUAUCAGUAGCCUGAAAAAGAAAUGCCAGAAGGAAGCUGAACAGAACAAAGAAAAGCAGAGAAGAAUCGAGACCUUGGAAAAGUAUCUGGCUGAUCUUCCAACCCUAGAUGAUGUACAGAGUCAGAGUUUACAGCUGCAGGUUCUAGAAGAAAAAAAUAAGAAUUUACAAGAGACUUUGAUAGACAUGGAAAAAAAGCUUGAAGAGAUAAAAAAACAGUGCCAAGAGAAAGAGGCACAGUUAAUAUGCCAGAAAAAGAAAGAAAAGGAGUUGGUAACUACGGUUCAGAGUUUGCAGCAAAAGGUAGAAAGAUGCCUUGAAGAUGGAAUUCGCCUUCCUAUGUUAGAUGCAAAACAGCUUCAGAAUGAAAACGAUAACCUGAGAGAACAAAAUGAAAAUGCUGGCAAGAUAAUAGAUAGCCAACGCGAUGAGAUCGACAGAAUGACUUUCGAAAUUCAGUCUCUGCAAGGGAAACUUUCUGAAGAAAAAGUGACCACACAAAAGAUGAUGGAAGAGUUGGAGAAGAAAGAAAGAAACCUACACAGAUUAACAAAAACAUUGCUUGAUAACCAAAGACAGACAGAGGAGACGUUCUCUCUCUCGGAUCAGGGCCAGGAAGCCGACCAAUCCAAGCAGCAGACGGUUCUUUCCAAACGACCACCACUAUUUGAUUUGAAUGUGAUUGAUCAGCUCUUCAAGGAAAUGUCCUAUUGUUUGCUUGACUUGAAGGCAUUGUGUAGUAUUCUUAAUCAGCGUGCUCAGGGCAAGGAGCCUAAUCUUUCAUUAUUACUGGGAAUCAGAUCACUGAACUGCUCAGCUGAGGAGGCUGAGAACGACCACGGCCCAGACACACUCACCAAAAAGCUCUCAGACGUGUGCCAGCUGCGGAGGGACAUCGAUGAGUUAAGGACUACGAUAUCAGAUCGCUACGCUCAGGACAUGGGAGACAGCUGCAUCACUCAGUGACCGCGCGUUGGUCCGACGGCAAUAAUGACCCGUUGUUGAAUGCUGCUGUGUUACAGUUCUUCGUGUUCCUUUUCAGGAGCCAUGUCGGUCUACGGCCCCUGAACGCACCCGGUCUCGUCUGAUCUCUGCAGGAGCCAUGUCGGAAUGUUGCAAGUGACAUAUGCCUUGCACGUAGGAUUUGUGUGUGUGUGUGUGUGUAUUUGUUUUGUUGGGGGUGGGGUGGAAUGGGGAUGUACAGCGGUCUCAAAGGAGCUUAUCUAAUCAGGACAAAAAUCAGAUUACCAUUUGAAAAUGUGAUAAAGUAUGUAAGAAAAAAAUUUUGUAUAUUCAAACUACUGAUUGUAGGACCAAGCUGUGAAGAGUGCCCUUCAGAUAAAAGGGGUAGGAUUUCUUUUUAUCUUUUGUUUGUGUGUGUAUGCACGUGUGUGUUUAUUCACAAAAAUGAUUUCUAGGGUCAAAGCAAAGCUUCUGAGAAAGGCACAUACUAUUUAUUCUUAUAUUUCUUUUCUUUCCUUUCAUGUAGAAGCUUUUGUUAUACUUUAGGGUUUUCAAAAGCUGGCUGAACAAGAGUUCCAAUAGCAGGCAAGUGUUCUGAUAGCACAGGAGAUCCAACCAUGUGUUCUGAACACGCACCAUGCUGAGAUGAUGAGGUGGUGGGCCUGGCUGAUUGUGGUGCUGUCGGUAGGUCAGUCAGCUGUUCUUCAGAGCAAUUGUGGGUUGCCUUAGAGGUGUGAAGUUUUGAUGUGAUGAUCUGUUCCACUAACAGUAAUUUAUCACAAGGCAGUUUAACAUAAUUCAAACUUAAUCUUAACAUGUCCUUUACUAUUUACAGUUUUUUACUUAUAUGUUAUAUACUAAUAUAAGCAAAGCCAUGUAUAAUUAAUGCAGACCUUUAAAGGGCCCUUGUCAUUGUUGUAAAAGAAAGAUUAACAAACUGACUCUGGAACAAUAGCUUAUUUAUCCAAACCUCAAAUGUUUACAUGUUAGCAGUUUAUGUAUCUGUUUUAAAGUUGAAAUUAAGAAAAAGCCAACCUGUCUUCCUUACAUCAGAAUUAUCAAUAGCAUAAAACAAAAUCUAAAUCAGGUGAUAUUUCAGUUCCUUUUCUUACAUAAAUUAUAUUACAAACAGGUUUUUUCAUAGAAUGCAUACUUGGUCAGGUCCUACUGGAGUACAUGAUAUUACUAUGAAAUGCAACUGAUACUUAAGUAAACAUGCAAUCAUUUAAACUUCUAAAUGAGUAUCUCCCUAUUUUAGUUGGUAUUGUGGAAGGACUAUAUGUUCUAUUGCUUCCAGAGCAUUCAUUACAUUCUUUUGAGUGUAUUUUGCUGUGGCAAUCAUUGUCCCUUACCGGUUGGUUUGUAUUCUUGAUGCAGCCAACUGUCAUUUAAGCUGAGUAAGAGGUAGAAGGAAUAAGGGGUGUGAAUCAAGCAGGAUAAUAUUGUCUUGCAUAUGAGCAGGUCACAUGUCUGUUUUCUGGCCAGGCUUCUAUACCACUAUAAAGGCUGCUCCUAGAAAAGAUUCUUCUUAAAUAUUUUCAGCAGUGAAAACAUGUGGUAUAAGGCCAGGAAGACAUUCAGUUCAGAAUUUGCCUCACAUACAGCUCUUACUAAGUCACAUGAUAGUUGUACUGUAGCAGUAAGUUACAGUAUGUUGUGAGGACAUCAAGCUUGCCUUCUCUUCAGUGCCUGAGUCCCUGCUCUUCUUACUUCUUAGGGUCUGGGCACUAAGAACUCAGUGCACUGUAGCGAUUCUGCAUCCCAAGGCCCCUAACACUAGUAAGGAGGGACUUAGUCACUGGUAAGAACUUGGCUUUCUGCUGUGUUCAUUUGCUUUUUAAUGUAGGUGGGUUGAAGACAUUCAGGGAGCAGUAAAUUUGUACCCAAAAAUCUGAUGCAAAGAAUUCUGCCUUUUAAAAAUUAAUAUCUAUAAAAAUGACCCAUUAUAGUAAAAUAGAUAGUAGCAUCUAAAAGAGGUAAGUCAAAAAUGCAGCAUGCCUUUUGUAUUCUCUUUGCAUAGAAUUUCCUCCCCCUGCCCCCAAUCUCCAUAAUUUGGGAAAUAAAGGCACCCUAAAAUAUAGUACUAAUGAGCAAAUAAUCACUGAUUUAUUUGGAUCAGUGGAUUUUUACUUAAAUGUCUCUUAGGUUUUAUAUGUUUGAGGAUUUUAUGGUUAUUACUAUUGUUUUAAACAAACUUUUGGUCAUAUGUUUUAAUCUGUUAUAGAUAUAUUGGGAUAAAGUAUUUUAUUUUUUAAAAUAAGUUUUCUAAAAGUUCUACAAAAUUUGACUUAAUUCAUAUAUCUUAAGGUAAAAAAAAAUUAACUUAGUGGAAAAUUAACAAACUACUGCUGAUGUAUUUUAUUUUCCAAAAUAAACACGCCCUAAAAAAGGAAAUUAAGAUAUGAUAGUUUAAGUAUAACUUUGAAUUAUAACAUGUAAUCUCUUGGAUUCUGGAGUUUAUGAAAGGACAUGGAUAAUAGACUUUAGAGAGUAUUUGCAGGGGAAGUCAAGCUACUAGUAUUCUGAGUCAUCAGUAUUUAAUUUUGAUUUUCAAUUUU